AUGUCCCGCUGGUGGCACAGGGGCAGGAUUUUUGAAGUGGCGCCUAUUGAGGCUCAUGUGGCUGGUGAGAGGCACACUGAUCCCGCGGGUGACAACCCCGAGGAGUGUCCAGUGUGCCUGACAGGCUUUGAUGACUUAGUACAGCGGCCACGCACUCUGCCCUGUGGCCACACAGUCUGCACACUGUGCACAGAUAAGCUGAAGGAGCAGGGCCGUGUUACCUGUCCGGAGUGCCGCGUCACCCAUGCCGUGCCCGAGGGCGGGCAGUUCCCUGCUGAGAGACGGCAAGGCGGCGGAGGCCUGCCGCCACCCAGUGCCGGGAAAGGGAAAGGGGCAGCAGGAUCAGCUGGCAAGAAGGGAGCAGCGGGUCUCUCCAAGAAAAUGCGUUCCUUUCUGCAGGAACAGGAGGCCACAGUUGUGGCCGCCAUCACCGCCUGCCAGGAGGCUCAGUCCCAGCUGGACCAGUAUGAGGCCACCCUGACAGGCUGGGUCGAGCGGCAGCAGCAGCUGGAGGACAGCCUCCAGGGACUGAUGGACCAGAGCAGGAGUUCCAGGGAGCUCCUGCAGCAGGAAAGGUUCCGUGUGGCACCGAAGAGGAAGGAGGCAAAGAAGAAGGAGCAGGAGCUGCAGACUGUGCGGGAGAAGUUGCGCACUCGUGCAACAGAGCAAGAGGCACUCAAAGUUUUAACAGUGUUCCACCUCACCGGUGAGGUGGAGCAGGUGUUGGAGGAGUGCCAGCAGUGUUUCCCUGACGCCGGCAUCCUCACCACCGCCAGGAAGGUGAGAGAGGCAUCUAGUGCAGCCCUGGAGGCCGCCAAGGCUGUCCAGGCGGCUCUGGAAACUGUUUCUACAGAAGAACCCAGGCCCCAGUCAGUCCCAGAAGAACCCAGGCCCCAGUCAGACCCAGAAGAACCCAGGCCCCAGUCAGACCCAGACCUCACCAUCAUGGAAAAAGUGCAGUUCAUCUUAAAGCCAAGCUUGAAGGCCGAGGACUUCCGCAGUCUGACAGAGCGCACCAGGAGCCUGCUGCAGGCUGGCCGGGUGUUUGCUGUGCACCAGGUGGAAGGUCAGCGCCGACACGCAAGAAUAAGCCUCGAAGCCGGCCGGCCGUGCCUCCAUGCCCUGGCGGACCAUCCCCCGCCACUGGGCGCGUCAACCCUGCAGGUCAGCCAGGUCGUGCCGCCCUCCCCCCCCUGCACGGUGUUCCUGGACCUGUCCUGGCCGGGCCGUGCGCCGCGCCGGGUCCACAUCCGUCUGAGCCCCGACACCCAGCGGGGCCGCCAGUUCCUGAUGCUGUGCACGGGGCAGCGCGGCCCCUCCUACCGCGGCACCAGGCUGUACGGGGUGGGGUGGAAGGGGGAGCCGGGAGAGUGUGUGUGUGGCGGGGACUACGAGAGUAAUGAUGGUAAGGGGGAAUGUGUGCUGCUGCCUGGCCUUGAGGAGGGUGGGGAGAGGAGGCCAUGGCGGGCAGGGGAUGUGUGGGGGGAGGGGAGGCAGGGUGUGUUUGGCAUCACCACCAGGGACAGUCAGGGUGUGUUGCCUUGGUGUGUCUUCGGUGAGGUGGUGGAGGGACUGCACGUGGUGGCCGAGGCAGCCCAACACAGCGACAUUACGGAGGUGACUGUGGUGGACUGUGGCGUGGUGCUGUAAGGGUAUACUGGCCUGCACCACCACCACCACCACCACAUUAAGGAGGUGACUGUGGUGGACUUUGUGGUGUUGAGGGUACUGGCCUGCACCACCACCACCACCACCACCAUCACCACAACAUUAUAGAGGAAAUUGUGGUGGACUUUGUGGUGUUGAGGGUACUGGCCUGCACCACCACCACCACCACCACCACAACAUUAUAGAGGAAAUUGUGGUGGACUUUGUGGUGUUGAGGGUACUGGCCUGCACCACCACCACCACCACCACCACAACAUUAUAGAGGAAAUUGUGGUGGACUUUGUGGUGUUGAGGGUACUGGCCUGCACCACCACCACCACCACCACAACAUUAUAGAGGAAAUUGUGGUGGACUUUGUGGUGUUGAGGGUACUGGC